AUUACUUGGAAGGCGCUUGGAAAGACACAUCAGAGAAGUAAAAAGAUUUGGAUUUGCUCAAGCAGCAAAUGAGGUUCAAGACAAAAUAACAUGAUUCUUUGGCCAUGCACCAUGAAUUGUAAAACUACGUAUGCCAACAUGGUAAUCUGUUAACAUCCCUGUACCAUGGUGCUGCCACUUUUGGCAAAGGAAAGCGCUCGCGAUAGAGCAUACGCUUUCAGCCCAGCAUGAAUGUCUCUUGACUCAUGUUAGGGUUCUGCUCUUAAUAGUUAAUGUGGGACUCCAUAUAUAUUUUGAGUCACCGGGACGCCUCGCAUCAACAUAGGCCUAUCUGCCCGAGGAAACGAAAGCGAAACGACAUCUGUCCUCCGGCUUGUGCGCAGUUAUUGUGUUGUCAAAGAUGUCUUUGGAAGAGGAUUUCUCCCUGGUUACUGAUGGUAAGGCAUGCCUGGAAGAUAUAAUAAAGGAGAUCAACAAAUACAAGAUGCAACAUGAAGCUAUGUUAAAGGAACAAAAUAUAAUCAUAAGUGCCAUAGACAACAGCAAACUCUUUGCUAAGGAAUUUAAUCAACGCACACUGGAGAGGAAAAUGUCUUUUGAGGAAGAUAGCAAGAGACAUACUGAGAUUCUGAAGAAAGAGAAGGAUAAAAAGAGCACUGCGCAGAAGGAACAAAAUAGGCUGAGGAUGGAGAUCUUAAAAAUGAAGGAGGAGCUGGAAAGCCUGGAGAUGAAUAACAACAGUCUGAAACAGCAAACUGAGAUCUCUACAGCAGUGCCUGAGAAGAAAGUUGUAUUUCAUGGAGAGACAGCUCAAGGUGCACAUUUUCUGAGCUUUGAUGUGAACCCACGUAUAGUUUUUCCGAUGGAGGGGGGAACAGCACUGAUUACCUUUGAGGAAGAGGACGUGGCUCAGAAUAUCUUGAGCAUGAAGGACCAUCAGGUGCAGCUUGGGGAGUGUACCAUCAAUGUGGUGGCUAAACCAGUUCAGUUCCUGGUACCCAGAUAUGUUGAGAUGGACACACAGGUUUGCCUUCGCAGAAUCUUAAUCUCUAACCUCCCAAAGAAAGAGUCUGAGGAUCGACUACUAGACAAGCUGCAGAUUCAUUUCUCUAAGAAAAAGAAUGGAGGUGGCGAAGUGGAGGACAUAGACAUGCUGCGCGACUCCGGCUCUGUGGUCAUUACCUUCUUGGACUAUGAUAUUGCCAAAGGUCUCACAGACAAACAGGAUCAUGAGAUAGAGAUUGAGAAAAACAAGAAGCACAAGGUGAAGGUUACACCUUUCCUCAAUGGCGAGAUUUCACGGCUCCAGACAUGUGACUCAGUGUGUCAGAGCACAGUGCAGCUUACAGGCAUCCCUGCCAUCAUGGACCCCGAAAGCCUGCAGGACCACCUGGAGAUCCACUUCCAGAAGACGACUAAUGGUGGCGGCGAGGUGGACAGCAUCAUCUACAACCCUCUGGGUGAGAGCAAGCUGGCUCUCUUUGAGGAAGACCCUCCAAAAGGCAGCCAGAGUGUGUGAGAGAGAAUUGUUCGACAGAUAUAAUCUAAGAUAGCUUAUGAACUUCUACGGCUCAGAGAUCCAGCGCUGCCUUUGGACCACAAACCAGAAUGGACUUUAUAUUACUCUUUAUGGAAUCUUUAUUUGGACUUAUAUUGCAGAAAAACAAUAAUAUAUAGAUCAUUUCUACUUAUACUAUAUAGAAUAUACAUACACUCUAUGGAUUUUAUUAUACAUAAUAUCAUUUUUUUGUUGAAAAAUAUUGUAAUGUCUUUUGAAGGUAAAGUUUAACAUGGGGCUGUGGGGGAAUAACAUUGGUGAAUAUGGGUUAUUAUCUGAUUAAAUAAAACAUU